UUCUAAGAAAAAAAGCACUAAAUACCUUUCUAAUUUUUCUACAUUUCUUUACCUCCACAGACUCUACCAUCGCCUUUAACAUGUACUGUGGCUUUUCUAAUGGAACCUUGUGUGAAAUGAAUCGUUGUUCACAAGGUAACAUCAGCUGGGAACUAGUAACACAAGUUAUAAGUGGUCCAAGUUCUGAUCACACAACUCUACCCAGUGGAAGCAAAAACUACAAUGGAGAAGUAGGCUACUUCAUGCAUGUUAACACAGCCACAGGUCAGGAGGGAGACACAGCACAACUGGAAACUCAGAGGAUGACUCUCAAAAGAGACUGUCAUAUCCAGUGUCUGCAGUUCUACUAUUACCACAGUGGAGAUGAGUCUGAUGUUCUCAACAUCUGGAUCAGAGAGUUUGAGAAUGAACAGGACUCAACAGGAACCCGACGCCUCAUGGGGCAGAUCACUGGUUCCCAAACAUCUCACUGGAGGCUUCAUCAUGUUUCCUUAAAUGCUUCUAAAAGCUUCCAGGUGGUGUUUGAAGCUCAGAAAGGAGCAGGACUCGCAUCAGGAGGCUUCUCAGUUGAUGACAUCAAUCUGCAUGAGACUGAAUGUCCACAUUUAACACUGCAGAUUGAUGACUUUGAGAGAGUCCUGAACACUAGUGUCUCAGGAUCCUUCAAAUACAGUUCACGGCAGUACUCCAGUGAGGGUUAUGCUUACCGGUUUGGUGUUAGACUUUCUGAGACAUAUAUUGGACUGUAUGUGCAACUGUUGUCUGGUGAUUAUGACGAUCAACUGGAGUGGCCAAACUUUGGUAGACAAAUUACUUUUCAAAUGCUGGAUCAGACCCCCAACAUUCAGCAGCAGAUGGCAAAGCGGUGGAGUUUCACCACAAAUGAAAAUCACGUCGGCCAAGAUGGUAUCUUUUACUUUGACAACCCACGCAAGAUUGGAUCUCUAAAGUUCACAGAUGAGAAUAACGAACAGGUCUAUGGUGGAGUUCUCUAUGGAAAAAUAGAGUUUUCGACUUUGGAAGAAAUGCAAAACAGAGAGUUCCUCAAAGGAGGGAGUGCUGUUUUUACCCUCAACUUUCAAGGCAAGUUAAGAAUUUUGCUAAGUAACCUGAAGGUUGUAGUCUCUGAUAACACCGUGACUGCCACUGAAUUCAACCAACAAUAUAUAUUUUGUUUUUUAGCACAAAAGAGGAACAAAAAUCCCUGACCCAAAUCAUUGUAACAUCUAUGUAACAGAACCUAAUAGC